AUGUCUUCUCAAAAAGUAGUUAGUGUUGGAAUUGAUUUAGGAACUACUUGUUGUUAUGUUGCUUGUACUGAAGGUGUUAAUGAACCAAAAAUACUUCUAAUGAAUAAUGAAGACUAUUUACCUUCAUGGAUUUCUCUUUCACAAGUUAAGAAUGGUUUAGGGGUUAUUAUAGGAGAAGCAGCAAAGAAUAAUAUUCACUCUCAUUGUGUUGGAUAUGACUCUAAAAGAUUAGUUGGUAGAAAAGUUGAUGAGAUUAUGGAAUGGGAAAAGGGACUAUGGUCCUUUGAAGUUGUUGAAAAGUAUGGAAUGUCAGCACUUUCGAUUUAUAAUCCAUUGACUGAAGAGAAUGAAGUCUUUGUUGCUGAAGAAGUUUCUGGUUUUUUAGUAAGGAAAUUAAUGGAUAUUGUAAAAGGAACUCAAGGCAACCCAAUAAUAGAAGACGUUGUUGUUACAGUACCUGUUAAUUUCAAUGACAGUCAAAGACUUGCAACUGAAAGGGCAGUUAGGUUGGCAGGAGUUAAAUACGUUAAUAUCAUAAAUGAACCUUCUGCAACCAUUCUUCUGUAUCAAAAUGAAUUUCAAAUUAAAGAAGGAAAAAGAGUUGUUGUUAUAGACUUUGGAGGAGGAACAUUAGAUGUAUGUUGUUGUGUUAUUCAAAAAGAUGGUAUUAAAGUUUUGUCCAAUGGUGGAGAUCAAAAUUUAGGUGGUAAUGAUUUUGAUAGAGUUAUUUCAGAUAUAAUUAAACAAAAAAUGAUUGAACUAGAUGUGGUUGAUAAUAAAGAUUAUUGGGAGAGAACCGAAAAAGAUACAAAAGAGCAAGCAAAUAUAAAAAGUAAGAGAGUAGCACUUCUUAAAAAAGAAUCUGAAAGAGUUAAGAUUGAAUUAUCAAUGCAAGACAAUGUUGAUAUAAAUUUAGAAAAUUUAAUAGAUAUUGAAGAUGAUGAAAUGGUCUAUGGUAUUAGCAUCAGUCAAGAUGAAUUUCAAAAAGGAUGUGAUGAGGUAGACAUAAUGAAAAGCUUUACUAAUUGUAUUCUUAAUGUUUUGGUUCGAGCAAAACUUAAUGAAAACAACGUUGAUUUGGUUAUUCCUGUUGGUGGAAGUUGUAUAAUUCCUUUUGUCAGAGAAAAAAUAUCAAAAUUAUUUAGUUCAACAAAACUGGCAGAUCCUAGAUUUAAUUGCAGAACAUCUGUAGCCAGAGGAGCAGCACUUAAAGCAUCAAAUAAAACCCAAAUAAAAAAUCUUAAUUUAUAUGAAACUGUUCCGUUUGAUAUUGGGUUUGAGAUAUCAGGGGGUAGACUAGACCCUUUUAUCAAAGCUGGAGAUAAACUUCCUCAUUCAUCAAUAAAGAAGUUUCUCCCAGAGAAACAAAAUCAAACAUUUGUGAUUUAUUCAAUUUAUAGAGGGAUGUCUUCUUAUAUAGAAAAUGAUGAGUUUGUUGAUUCU